AAUACAUCCAAAAGCCCUCUCUCCCAAUCAUCUCUUUUCUAUGAUUCCAUUUCUCUUCCACACCAAUUCUCCGUCUCCACCAAUAUGCAGGCUCUCCACCAACCCUUAGCCACACCUCACGAUCUUCCUCUCAAGUCCGGCCGCCGCCCACUCCAGCCGAAAAACUCGCUCCCGAAUCCUGUACCUGCUGUCGCUAAAGUCGUCAAAUCCAAGCCGGAACGGAUCCAGAUCUCGCUCCCUGCCGAUGCCAACAAGGAGAACCAUCCGCCGAUUCACGCGAAGGCCGCGAGUGUCGAGUCCUGUGAUUUGUCUCUGGCGGAUGAACUCAAUGCGGUUAAGAGGAAGCUCGAGAGAUUGAGAUUGGAACGUGAGCGAACGGAGCAGAGGUUGAAAGAAAGAGAUAUGAUCUUGGAGUUGCGAAUGAAGGAGUUGUUGCAGAGAAGUAAGGAGCAGAGAGAUCUGGAGAUGGAGGUCGAUCGGUUGUUCAGAUUGAAGGAACUCAGAUUGUACUGUAUGAGGAUUUCUCCGAUUCGGAGUCUCAGAGAGAAGGAGCGAGAGAAGAUUUUUGCCGAUGCGCAGUUUCCUGAAUAUGAAAUCGGCGACGGAGAAGAAUCGGUCGGCGAAAACUCCUCGUUGGAUUCUUCAGAAUUCGUCACAGGUUUUUAAAAUCGGUCUCAGUUUUGUUCAUCGCUUUCGAUUUUUCCCUGACUUUCCGAUUUCAUCUUCUUCGGAUUUCUUCUGAAAGUGACAUUCAAUCAAUGAUUUCAAAGGUAAAGAAAGAAAUCAAUGUAAUACCUCAUUAUGUGCUUCUCUAUGCUUUGAUUGAAACAUUGAGUUUGAAAUCAAUAUCAAUCUCCGUCUUCUCUUCA